AUGUCGCCGCCGCCGAUCUGCCGCACCAGGCUGAAGUCGCGGAGGCCGGGGCUGCCCCGCAGUGGCACGCCCCGGAACGAGGAGUCCGACGACCGGUGUGGCCGCAGCGCCGCCGCCUGCUCCGGCGAGCUCGUCGGGAGCUCGAACGAGAACCGGCCGAAGCUGGCGGAGUGGCUGAGGGCCGUCGCGGCGGUUGUGUCGCUGCUCAUGGAGCUCUUGCCGGAGUACAAUCCGUCGGAAUCCGAGUUCCUGCGCGAAUCGUCUAGCAUUUUGCGCCGGAUUUCAUGUACUGAUCGAGAUUAUCCUCAGAAAACACACAGAAUAUUCAGAUUUUCACUGCUAGUUAAUUAA